GAGCUCCGGGGAGAGCGGCAGGGGCCCGCCCGCAGGAAAGUGGGGACGGUGUCACGGCUCAGGAUCCGGGCCGAAGACUGCUGUCGUCGGUCACGGUCCUUGAGAGCCUUUUUCUCCCUACAAGACGGACCCUCAGCUCCCUUUCUUGGGUCAUCAGGUUGGGAGAAGCAGGAGGGCCCGCCCCAUCCAUCCAUUGAUCUAUCCAUCCAUCCAUUCUUUCCCUCGGCGCCAGACUGCAGCCUGCGCCUGGUAGCUGGAAUUACAGGCGUAUGUGACAACGCCUGGCUCUAGAGUAUGGAAUUUGACAUUACUAGGGCAUUAAUUGGGUUUGCAUUAGCUUGAUGUUCCAUGACCUCCCUCUCCCUGCUGGGCAUUUCUCUUCUGCCACUUUCUCCUCGCUCUGGUUGUGUCAAACUUUGCGGUUCGUGAACUCAACAGCUGCCUAGCAUCUAUUACAAGGUGUAGAAUUAAAUGAACCCAUGUCCUUUAUCACUAUGGAGAUCUUGGAAAGUCAUCUGAGAACUCUAUCUCAAAGGCAGUUGUUGGACAGGAAAAUCUCUCUCAGUUGUGAACGUUAACAGGGGGAACUCCAGUUUGAAGAAAGAUAAGUCAUUAUGGAGAGGAAAACAGUACUUUGUGUGCUCUUCAUGUAGCUGGGAAGUAAAGGGGAGCCCUAGCGAAGAUGGGAGUGUGAGUGAGGCCUGCUUGGACUUGGGCAUAGGUUUCUCAUUUGUGGAAUCUCACAGAUUGGUGCACAGUCCUCUGAAGAUUAGCUUGGAAGCCCUGAAACAGGUCACACGAUGGCUGAAUCAGAUGACGACUUCAAAGAACUCUGUGCCAGCUUUUUCCAAAGGGUGAAAAAAAAAGUAACCAAGGAAGUCUUGGGAGAAAGGAAGACACAAAAGGCUUCAAACACUCAGAAAAGAAGCAAACUGAAAAAGACCAAUCAAGCUGCUACCAAGAGCAAAACCCUGCAAGGCCCUUCAGAGAAGAAACCUCGAUCAGGUGGCCAAGGCCCUAGGACUAAAAAGCAAGGAGUAACCAAGUCUCAAGACAGGGAAUCUGCUGUGCCUGUGAACGGACAGGGAGGUGUGCUUGCGCCUGCGCCAGACCAGCCCUUGCUCUGCAGUAGAGAACAGCGCAUUCAGACAGCUAGAACAGAACAGAUGCUGUGAAUAUUUUCCUCCUUGCCAGAGAGUGCUCCCAACAGCGACUCCCAGCCUCCUGCAUCCUGUUUAACGACAAUAGCUUUGCCAAAUCCCUCCAGACCUCGAGCUUCAGAGCUGGUUCUACAGCGGAUGCAACAGUUCAAAAGAGCAGAACCUGAGCGCUUGAGACAUGCUUCGGAAGAGUCCUUCACUAAAGCCACCCUGGAAGAAAGUGUCCCAAAGAGCCUUCAAGAGGAGACAGUACUGGGAAAUGACUAUCAGCCUGGGCUUCCUGCCACCAAGAGUGAUGCUGCCGUGGCCUUGGCCCUGCAGCAAGAGCUUGGAAGGGAAGGAGCACCUGCCUGUGACAACGGCUUGGAGGAGGAGGGCUUAUUCUUCUGCCAAAUGUGUCAGAAGAACCUCUCAGCUAUGAAUGUGACCCGGAGGGAGCAACAUGUGAACAGGUGCCUGGAUGAGGCUGAAAAGGCACUGAGACCUUCCACACCUCAGAUUCCUGAUUGCCCAAUUUGUGGCAAGCCAUUCUCCAGCUACAAGAGCCGAGUCAGUCAUCUGAAGCAAUGUGCGGUGAAGAUGGAGGUGGGUCCCCAGCUCCUCCUUCAGGCUGUACAUCUGCAGACAGCUCAGUCUGAGGUGGGCAGUAGCCCUCAGGCACCCAGCUUCAGCAACCAGGCUGGAGGUUUGAAACGGAAGGGAACCACCAAGAAGGAGCCACAGAAGAGGAGGAAGGUCAACAAGCCUGAGGCUCCAUCUGAGGACCUGCUGGUGGCCAUGGCGUUGUCCCGAUCUGAGAUGGAGCAGGAUGCAGCCAUGCCCACACUCAGACUAGAGAAUGCUUUUUCAAAGAGGAUGAGGCUAGGAGCAGAGAAGAAAAGUCGCAAGAAGAAAACCCCAGGGUCGCCCCCACAGUUGUUAGUCCAGGACUCCAAGACCACAGGUAGACAGAUUGAAGAUCGCGUCGCUCAGCUCCUGUCAGAAGAAAUGGAGAUGUCCAGCACGCCACCACUUCCUACCAGCAGGAUUUUCCAGGAAGAACUGGAAGAGGCAGGCUGGCGUUUACAGCCCCCUAAAGGAAAACGGAACUACCUGUGGGAGGGCAGCACCCUCACAGAAGCCUGGGCUGAGGAGUGCUUCUACACGGCAGGCCUGCUCCCGCUUGUCAUGCCCCAGCCGCCAGCCACGGUGAGCUCUGCUUCUCCCAGCAGAUAUGAAUGUGAGCCACCACUGGUGCUUCCCGAGCAGCCCAAGCCAGAAGUACAAAGGCCACCUGCUCUCCACAGCAGCCCUCCUGCGGGCCAGAGCCCUAGGAACUCAGCCCUGUCUGCCAGCCAGAGGGAGCAUCAAGCUCUUCAGGACCUCCUGGACUUGGCAGAGGAGGGGCUGAAUGUCAGCCAGUGGCCCAGCAGCUCAGGAGGGCCCGUAGGGUUGGAUUUGGUGCCCAGCAGCCUUCCACUGACUGGGUUUGUUCUGCCAUCCAGAGAGAGGCCUCUCCAGAGGGCUGGCCAUGCUUCGGUCUCCCUGGGGUUGCUGGUGGCUGACUUCAAAGCCAUGGUCAAUAACCCACACUUGAGUGAUGUCCAGUUCCAGACGGAUAGUGGGGAGGUGCUUUACUCUCACAAGUUUAUUCUUUAUGCCAGAUGCCCACUUCUUAUGCAGUAUGUGAACAGUGAAGGCUUUUGCGCUGCAGAGGAUGGGGAUCUGACCCAGCGCGUCCUGCUGAGUGACGUGAGCUCCGAGGCUACCCACGCGUUCCUGAGCUAUCUCUACACAGCAGACACUGACUUGCCUCCUCGACUGGCUCCUGACCUGCACGCCCUGGCCCUCAGGUUUGGUGUGAGUGACCUUGCUCAGCAGUGUGAAAAAGUGCCUGAUGCAACAGACUCAGAGGGGGAGCAACCGGAGCAGGGAGAAGAGGACUGUGAAGGUAGAGCAGAGAACUUCCAAGAACUCCUGAGGUCAGUGUGGGCAGACGACGAGGAGGAUGCAGAGCCUUUGUUGAAAUCUGAGAGCCAUGAAGAAGACAGAGAAGAGGUGAAUGAAGCAGAAAUGGAAGAGAUUUAUGAAUUUGCAGCUACUCAGCGGAAGCUGCUCCAGGUGGAAAGAGCAGCAGACACAGGCAACACUGACCAGCCUCGGGAGGACAGUCCUGUUGCUGGGCCUGCCCUGGGAGGUGUCCAGGGUGACUGCCAGUUGGAAAAGUUAAAGCAAAUGGAGUCUCCUGGACUGGGAAAAGACAAGGCCCCAGCCAGCUUGGAGAAUGCAAGAUAUUCUCUUGUGAUGCUCCAGGGCCAGGUCUCAGAUGGGGCAGGAGAGGAAGAAGUGCCAAGGGAGGCAGCUGGCUGCCCCGGCUCCUGCACCCCUUCUGGUGGCCACCAGACAGGGAGAAAAGGCUCCCUUCUGCAUUCAGUCAAGGCUCGUGACUUUCCAUCAACUCAGAGAUUCUCUGAACUGUCUCAAGUAACAGUUGAUCACAGGGGGCAAUGUGACACUGUCAGGGAGAGGGCGGAAAUGGUGCAUCCCACUAUUCCACGUCAGGCACCCCAGCAACACCCAUGCCUGUCGCAGCCCGCUGGGAGUGGAAGUCCUAGCCAGUCAUGGCUUCAGCUUUAUCACACAGGUGAUUUGUCCCCUUUGUCAGUGUCCCAGUCUCACAGUGGUGACCCCAAGGUGGCUUCCCCAAGCUUACCAUCUCCAAGUCGGCCAGCAAAGCAGAGGAGGAACAGUGGCAUUCUCACGUUGCUUCAGGAACCAAGCCACCAGAAAGGCAGAAGAGGGAGCUCUGUGCUGGAAUGCAAAAACAGGGGCAUCCUGAUUUCCCCAGCCAAAUCCCCCCCCAUUGACCUGACCCAGUCAAAACCUGACCACUUGAGUCCCAGGGCCCAGCAUCUCCCGUGCUGUGUGAAGAAAGAGGAUGAGAUCAUCCUGUUACUGGAUUCAGAUGAAGAGUUGGAGCUAGAACAGACCAAAACAAAAUUGGCUCCCAAUGAUCCCCCAGAAGAAAGGCAAUUUCUAGAAGUCAGCCCUAAGUCCUCUGAACUGUUCUCAGUCAUUGACAUUGAUGAAGAGCAGGAGCGUCUACAAAGCCCUCUGAAGACAGAAGCUGAGCCACAGCUGGAGUGUGGGGAGGGACAGCUGGAGAAUCAGGCUGCUCUGGGCAGCAGAGGCAUCCCCUGGCUGUUCCGUGACCGGGAGAGCGGCCCCGAUGAGGACAGUACCGCAGACAGCUCGUGGCUGGUGCCUGCCACCCCCCUGGUAAGCCAGGGCCGUGACUGCUCGUCGCAGACCCAGAUCACAAGCCUCGGGACCAAGGCGGCAGCAGAGGAGACCGCUCCGCACAUGUCGCAGGCCUCCACAGAGCACAGCAGGGCAGUGCCAGAAGCUGCCCAGAAGUUCCCGGUCAUUGUACCACACAUUUUGCCAGUCCCUAUAGGGGUUUCUGAAGAUGGAAGACAAGCCUACAAAAGCCCUUCCCAUCCCCACCCCAGCCCGUUCCAGAAACCCUCACCACCCGGGCCGUGCCUGCCACAUCAGGCAGCAGCUGAUGAAGUGGUAGAAGUUGGGGAUAGUGACGAUGAGCAGCAGGUAGCGUCCCGUCAGGUAAACAGCAGUCCCCUGCUGGACAGUGACCCUCUAAUUCCCAUGAGUGACUGCUGUUGGCAUGACGAGCCCCUCUCGCCAAUUCCAAUCGACCACUUGAACCUGGAGCGGACUGGCCCCCUCAGCACCAGCAGUCCCCGAAGGCAAUCCCGGGAGGCUCUGGAUGGUGGUGACUGCCAUUCCCCAAGACUGCUGGGCACUGCCACCGUCCGGGGAAGCUUUGCUGUCCGAAGUGAUGGUCAAGAGCAGUCCUCACAGGCCGACUCCAUCCUGAACCCAGCUCUGUGGGAUGACUGGGACGGGGCAGCGCAGAGCUCUCCAGAGGCUGUUCCUGCAGCCCAGAUGCCAAGCACCCAAGCUCAGAAACCAGAAGGGCCGAAGACACCAAAAAGUUCUCAUCAGAAAAAGAACUUGCCACCCAAAGUGCCCAUAACUCCAAUGCCAAGGUAUUCCAUCAUGGAGACACCAGUGCUAAAGAAAGAGCUGCACAGGUUUGGAGUCCGCCCUCUGCCCAAACGCCAGAUGGUUCUAAAACUGAAGGAGAUUUUUCAGUACACUCACCAGACCCUGGAGUCAGACUCUGAGGGUGAGAUCCAGUCCUCGCAGGUGCCCCCCGAGGUCCCCUACAGCCAGACCUCGGCCACUGUGACCAGCAAGCCUUCAAGGCCAGGAAGCUAUAACCAGCGCAAGGCCACUCCAGGUCCUGGAACCCGAAGGUCCAAGGGACCCAUUAAGAGCAAGGGCCCACGACGUCAAGCGCAGCAGUCCAGGGAGGGCACCCCCCACACGAGCUGGUCACCAGUCAGGGAGCUGCCUGCAGGCCCUGAUGGUGAUGCCCAGCUCCCAGCCUCCCAGGAGUCCACAGCCACCUCUGUGGACAGCAGUGACAGCUCCUUUAGCUCACAGAGUUCUUCCUACGAGUUUGGAGCCGCUUUGGAGUCUGCAGGUGACGAUGAGGAGGGUGAGGCAGGCGUCAGCGCAUCCCAGGCGGCCAUGCAGGCCGCCGACACCGAGGCGGCCGUGAGACGCUACAUCUGUGCCCAGCCGGCCCUGUACCGGAAGGUGCUCAUGUACCAGCCUCUGGAGCUGGCUGAGCUGCAGGCUGAGCUGAAGCAGGGUGGGAUCCACGUGGCCAUGGGCAAGCUGCUGGACAUCCUGGAUGCCCAGUGCAUCACCUUCACCACUGCCGCAGCUCGAAAGGAGAAGCUCAGGCAGAAGAAGCGGCAGCGCUUUGGCAGGAAGAAGAAGGAGCAGGAGUGACAGGCCCACCCACUGCCAGCUACUGGUGGGCAUCUGCCCAGGCCAGCACAUGGAUCUCAGUCACGGGGCAUCGGCCUGUUCCUGUGUAAAGGACAACAGCCCGACCCGCUCUGCCUCCGGCCUCCACCAGCUGAAGUGUCACCCACCGCAUUUAGGGCCAGUUCCCCACCCUGUGUGUUCCUGAGAGGCAGUAGACCAUGCCAGCUGGCCAGGGUAAGGCCCACUUCCGUCCCACCUGCCACUCAGUGUCCACUGCACCCAAGCGCAGCUGCCCCAUGAGUGUGUCCUGAGAUAGGCAGCAGGCGCGCCCUGGCCCAGCCGGUGGGCCUGCCUUCCCAGCACUCAGGCCAGGCCCAGCUGGCAGGUGUCCACCAGCUCCCUGCCCCAACUCAUCCCAGGUGCUUGUCAUGGUCACCAGCAGUCUUCAAACAAGACAUUGUGUAAGGUCUCGGCAUAGCUCUGAAGCCCCAAACAAGCAUGUUGUUUGCAGGUUCCAUUCACAGGUGUUCAGGAGCCUCGGCCCAGGAGCAGUGUGGAGCCCGCGGGAGCCAGAGGACCGAAGUUUGAGUUGCCCCAGCUUGUGAAUGUCCUUGUCUGUUUUAAAUACAGUGCAGUUGGUUUUAUAUGAUGUGCAAUAAAAACAAAGAAGGUUUAUACAAAGUCA